AAUUAUCUUUCUUUUUGCUGUCACUUUUUCGAGGAAAUAUAAUUCUCAAAAGAAGUCAAAAUGAAGAUCGGCCUUUGCGUCUUCAGUGGAUAUAAAAUCUACCCAGGAAUGGGAAAAACAUUAGUUAAAGCUGAUGGAAAGACCUUCACAUUCAUCAACAAAAAAUGUGAGAGAUCAUUCUUAAUGAAGCGUAACCCACGUAAAGUUAAAUGGACUGUCCUCUACCGUCGUAAGCACAAGAAAGGUAUUGAGGAAGAAGCAACCAGAAAGAGAACACGUCGUACGGUGAAACACACAAGAGCUAUUGUCGGUGCCACUAUGGCUGAUAUUAUGGCCAAGAGAAACAUGAACCCAGACGUUCGCAAGGCUCAACGUGACCAAGCUAUCAAAGCUGCCAAGGAGCAAAAGAAGGCAAAGACCCUCGAGAAGAAAGCUAAGGUUGUACCAUCGAAACAAAAGGCAAAACCAGCCCAGAAACAACAAAAGGCAGCCCCAAGAGUCGGAGGCAAACGAUAAAUUGCUAAUUAAAUUCCAUCUUAUAAUCUAUAAAUAAGAAGAAAAGAACAUGUGUGUGAAUGAUGAAAAAUAAAAACAACAUUUUUCAUUGAUAA